AUGUCUUCAUUCCUUUCAUUAUUCAUUUGGUGUCUUCAUUCCUGCAUUCAUUAUUCUUUUGAUGUUUUCCAGCAUUCCAUUCAUUAUUCAUUUGGUGUCUUCAUUUGCAUUCAUUAUUCAUUUGUGUCUUUUCUUUCAUUUUCUACAUUUUUCUUCAUUUGCAUUCAUUAUUCCACAUUUGGUGUCUUCAUUCCUGCAUUCAUUAUUCUACAUUUGAUUCAUUCAUUCAUUAUUCCACAUUUGGUGUCUUCAUUCCUAUUCAUUUUCAUUUGGUGUCUUCAUUGCAUUCAUUAUUCCACAUUUGGUGUCUUUUCCUGCAUUCAUUAUUCCACAUUUGAUGUCUUCAUUCCAGCAUUAAUUAUUCUUUUUUGUCUUCAUUCCAGCCUUCAUUCCUGCAUUCAUUAUUCUACAUUUGGUGUCUUCAUUCUGCAUUCAUUAUUUCCACAUUUGGUGUCUUCAUUCCUGCAUUCAUUAUUCAUUUGGUGUCUUCAUUCCUCAUUCAUUUAUUCUACAUUUAAUUUUCAUUAUUCCAUUUGGUGUCUUCAUUCCUGCAUUCAUUAUUCUACAUUUUGUCUUCAUUCCUGCAUUCCAUUUGAUGUCUUCAUUUGCAUUCAUUAUUCCUUCAUUUUCAUUAUUCAUUUGGUGUCUUCAUUCCUGCAUUCAUUAUUCUACAUUUUCUCAUUCAUUCAUUAUUCCACAUUUUCUCAUUCCUGCCAUUUAUUUUUCCUGCAUUCAUUAUUCCACAUUUUUCUUCAUUUCAUUCAUUAUUCCACAUUUGAUGUCUUCAUUUCCAGCAUUAAUUAUUCAUUUGAUGUCUUCAUUCCAGCAUUCAUUAUUCCAUUUGGUGUCUUCAUUCCUGCAUUCAUUAUUCCACAUUUGGUGUCUUCAUUCCUGCAUUCAUUAUUUGAUUAUUCAUUAUUCACAUUUGAUGUCUUCAUUCAGCAUUAA